CACCUUGAGCUCGAGAAGACCAUUCGUUUGGUUGAAGGCUACCGCUCUUGGGAGGAAAGGCAAUAUUUUAGUCAGAAAGUGGAAUCAGGCAAGAAAUCGCUGCCUGGAAUAGAUAAAAAUUUUCCCGCGAACUUAAGAGUGGUAAGAGAUUCUUGACGUCUCUAUUCUUUGUAAAUGAGUUGGUAUCAUGAACGUAUUCAAUUGUAACAAGUCUUGGCAAUAUUUUCCUAAAUACGCCGAGCUUGCAGAUCUUCGCUCCACUUUUUUCGCCAACUGUGUCUUCAACAGCUUUCUAAUUUAUACCACCAUCGCGUUGAAUAUUGCGACAAUCUACGCCAUUCACAAAACUUCAAUAAUGGCAAAAACUUUAAAAACUUUGUUACUUAGUCUUGCCUUCUCUGAUGUUGCUGUUGGUUUGUUUAUUCAACCAUUAUACUCGUUCCUUCUGAUCAAGUGGCUUCAAGUGGACAAUCUUAACUGCAACAUUUCUGGAUUGCUAAAUAUUUCUGGUCAUUUCUUUUCAACUGCUUCGUUCCUUGGUGUCAUAGCUGUGAGUGUAGACAGAUUAUUAGCUAUUCAUCUUCAUCUCAGAUACCAAGGGCUUGUAACUCACAAGCGUGUUGUUAUUGUGGUGACUGGCAUAUGGGUAUGCAGUGCAUUUGUUUCUUCGACGAUAUUGUGGGGGUUGCGCAGUACUCAGGUUCUCAUUGUAACAGUUGCGUUAGCUUUCGGUUUCAUCAUCACAUUUUUGGUGUACAUCAAGAUAUAUUUAGCUGUCCAACGACACAGGAAUCAGAUUCAGUCCAUGCAAAUACGAAACGAAGCUCAGUCUGAUGAAAUGAAGAACUUUGCUGUUUUCAUUAAAUCAACAGUUGGAAUAUUCUACGUAUUUCUCGUGUAUUUAACUUGUUAUUUUCCUAUUUUUAUUACCAAGGCUGCUAUUCUGAUCUAUGGCUCGAAUUCCACUUUAAAAAAACUCUUUCUUUUCUCAUUGACUCUCAUGUAUCUAAAUUCAACUUUGAACCCUGUCAUUUACUGCUGGAAGAUGAGACACAUUCGACACGCUAUCAUGGACAUACUGUGGAAGAUGUCUUGCAAAAGAAAUCAGCCAUCUCGAGUAAUUUACAAUCGGCAAUCGAGCGUAGUCCAUGUUGAUAACUGAUCCACUCUGUGUGGCUUACAAGGCGCACUAUGCGCAGUUUAUAAAUGUAUAACAAAGUAAAUGUGGGCAAAUAAGAUUAAACGUAAACUUAGUGAU